AUGUUUGCCAAUGGCAAUGGCGCAUGCAACCAUCAGUGGGCCGGCUACUUUUACGACGGCCUCUGGCUCGUAGCUUCUAUAUUGCACGCCUACCUGGUGAAUGAGAAUCGCUCCAUCAGUGAUUUGGGCACAAACUACUCCAGGGAGGCUUUGUACAACCUUUCUCUGCAUCAGGAUUUCAUAGGUGUGACGGGCAGGGUCCGGCAGUUCAAUGGCGUCGAGCCCACGACAGAUCCUGCAUCCCAUGGAGACAGGGAGGGUAUCAUCCUACUGCGCCAGGUCGCUGGCCCGGUGGAGGAUGCAUUUACCGUCCUUGCGCAUCGUUCGGCUGCUGGUUUCCAUUUCCUCAAAGAUGUCCUGUGGAGUAAGCAAGAUCUCAGCCAGAGCAUACCGUGUGCUGCGGGAUCCUGUGACCUCGCAGCAGGUUGGGUUCCGGCCGAUCAGGACAGCCGUUGCGCAGGCGGGAAGGUUUGGAGCAACGAACUCGGAUGUGUGGGUUGCCCUGCUGGAAGUUACAGCACUGCAUCGCAAGCAAGCUGCUUCCCUUGCCCUCGUGGCAGCUUCAGCAAUUCCAGUGGAACGGCCAGCUGCGAGCCAUGUCAUCCGGGCAGCUCUGGCAUCAUAGAGGGGCUGGUGCAUUGCGUCGAUUGUCCUCUCGGAUACUUCAUGAACGGCAGUGGUGCCGAGGAGUGCAGGAAAUGUCCUCGCGACUCAUAUGCCGACAGCCGCGGGCUGUCGCUGUGCAAGCCAUGCCCCGAGGGGAAAAGUAUCGAGUUCGAAGGAGCCACAGAGCUUUCGAUGUGCACUUGCAAAGGGUGGCUCUGGUUGGGACAAUGUGUCUUGUGCCCAUAUGCCACGCGAUUCGAAAAGGGCUCCUGUAUCCAGUGCGCCAUGGACGAAAUCUGUGAGGAUGGUCGAGUUGUAGGACAUUUGCCUUCCAAGUGGGAGUGGGCACAGAGCAUAGAGCAUGCUGGGCAUCUGCCCCAGCUGUCACAGCGCUUGGCGAAGCAGCUCCUGCUGGUGGUGUCAGGUGUGAGAUCCGAGGAGAACGAAGCUUCCCUGACACGGGACAUGGCAAGCUUUGACUGGAUCUUGCAGGCCCUCAUCUCGGGCAACAGCACGCUGGGAAUCGUUGCGACUCCGAACGAGGAAGUAGCUGAUGCUCUGUCGGCGACUGCCGCCAUGUGGGCAAGCUUCAGUGAGCUCUUGGGCAGAAGCCCAACCGACACGGUCAUGCACGAGGUUUUUGAUCAGAACAUGCUGCUGCUUGACGCUGUGCAAAAUGUCCUCCAUUCUUUGCUCGAAGCUGCAAGGGCUGGAGGCUAUUCGGGAAGCCUUGUGGCAGAAAUCGCAGAGUCUCAGAUGAUGCUUGUCGAAAAAAUCUGCAAGGAGAGCUUGUUUGUCGCAGCAGAUUUUCGGGUGGACAGGGCUCUGCAGAGGCUUGCAGAGGCCAAGGAGCGUUACGAGGCAGCCCAUGAGGCCUUGGUGUUGGGAGUAGAGGCUGCAAACAUCCCGAAGUUGACGAGCUUGUGCACCAUGCACCAGAUGCGGGAUGUGACCUACUACGCCAAGGAAGUGCAUCGACGGGUCCGAGGGAUCUUGAACGCCCGCACCUCGGAGGAGACUCUUCGGCUGGCACAGGGGUUCCGAAACGACAUGUCGGUGGUCGUGGACCCUCUCUCCCAGGCCAUGUCGUCGGCCGUGCAUCUCUUCGUGCAGGGUGAUGGCACCUGCGACCCGCUGGCAACAACUACGCAGGAGCAAUGGAUGCAUUUGGCGCGUGGGCUAGCCGAACAGCGGAUGGCAAGUCAGGGUGUCUUCCGAUACUUCAUGCAGGUGGUCCAUGGAAUCGACGUGGCUUCCAGCAAGGUCGACCUGGCGGUGCAGCUCGCGAAGAACAACAACCAACUCCUUGGGCUAGUUCAAGGGAGCAGGGAGGAAGACAUUCCUGCUCCUCCGACGCAGGAGUUGCUAUCCCAGCUUUUGAAACUUUAUGUUGCCUGGCAAUAUAUGAACAAGGUGCUGUCAGAUGCAGUUCAUCAAGAUGAGAUUGCCGAAGUUGACAUCACAGAGGUCGAAGUCUACAACCAAGAGUUCCUCAGGGAUACAGACGUUGUCAUGGAGCUGCUAGCCGCGGUACACCACUGCCCAACUCUUGGCAUCCUGAACAUCACCAACCGUCAGGCCACAGCCUUCGACAUGCUCUUCACUCAGACCGCUCUCAUCAGCUAUGGCCAUGCAGGCGACAACUUAGACGAGCUGAAUCACACCCGCGCGGCCUUCCAUGUGGGGUGCGAGGUUUUGCUGCAAGGAGCGACUGCCGAGGAGGCCGGAACAGAUUUGCGGCCAGUGGAGGAUGUGUGCAUUGUCAGGGCCAUGGCUUCAGUCGCCGGCUCCUUUCACCUUUUGGAGCAGGAAUCCUUGGCGGUCGUUGGUGGAGCUGGCUCUGAAGGCCUUCGGAGGAUGAUGGCGCUAAGCACAGAAGGCAUUUCCCACAUGGCAUUAGCCUCGGACUUUCUCUUGAAGUACUACGCGAACCAGUCCAGCGUGACUUGCCAAGACCCGCUUCUCUCGACCACAGAAUGGCUGCAGCUGAUCGAGCACAUCUCUUUGCUGGCGGGAUUGGGCGAAGACGCCUCUUCUGCUUACAUGUUGACGGAUGGCAGCGAAAGCAAUAAUCAGGAAGCCGUGGAUUCAAAGAUCCAGGAGAUGGCCAGCGCACUCCGCGAUAUGAAGUUUGGUGCUGCAGACCCUCCCCUCCCACCACCUCCAACCCAAGCCUUGUUCGACAAGAGCACCAACGGCCUUCACAACGCCCUAGAGUCAUUCAGGAUGGCUUUAGUGGGAGUUGACCGAAGUGCAGUUCUUGCUUCAUGUGACGACUUCUUGUCACAAGUGCACCGGAUGGAAGCAGACUAUGUUCAAGCAGCACGCGCCACACACCCAAGGUGGCCAGGGUCUCGUGUUCGUGUGGCCAGCUGGCAGACCGUGCUUGCCAAGAAAAUCUUCAAGGAAUCCUUGCUUCCGACAAAUCUUAAGAGGCCAGGUGUCUUGGCUGCCACUGUCACAGAGUUCGACACAGCCCACCAGCGAUUGCGGCAUGGUGGUGGAGGUCUUUCAGGCAUUAGCAAUGAGCGGCAGGACCUCUACCAGCAGUGGCAGAAAGUCGAUGACUUGUGGUCCGACCUGAAGCAGCAUGUUACUGGCCAGACUAGCAGCGCAGAAACAAUGAGAGCCACGCUGCAACAGCUGGAGCAGGAGUUGCAUAUCCUGGUGUCACUUUGUGGUGUGGUGGAUCCCCCGGCAACAGAGAAAGGCACAGGCCUAGUUGUGGCUAUUUUCGCGGUGGUAAGCAGCAUCCUGGCAUUUUGUGCUUGUUGUGGCCCGCUCUUAGAGUACAGCCGCCAAAGGCGAGCAAGGAGGAAGCAACAGGAACAUACCCAUGCCAAAGUAGGAAUUCAAUCUGGCUUUCCGGACUCUCAGGAUAAGCCGCGAAAUGAUAUCACCGGCAUUGUCUAG